AUGGAGGAAGAUGGGAUUGCGCCAAAUGAUUAUACAUACAACACACUAAUUCGAGCUCAUCUCCGAGAUGGUGGUGACUUGGCCAAAUCAGCUGAACUUAUAGAAGAAAUGAAGAGAUGUGGCUUCUCUGCAGAUGCUUCCACUGUGAAGAUGGACCAUCUCCGAGAUGGUGACUUAGCCAAAUCAGCUGAACUUAUAGAAGAAAUGAAGAGAUGUGGCUUCUCUGCAGAUGCUUCCACUGUGAAGAUGGACCAUCUCCGAGAUGGUGACUUAGCCAAAUCAGCUGAACUUAUAGAAGAAAUGAAGAGAUGUGGCUUCUCUGCAGAUGCUUCCACUGUGAAGAUGGACCAUCUCCGAGAUGGUGACUUAGCCAAAUCAGCUGAACUUAUAGAAGAAAUGAAGAGAUGUGGCUUCUCUGCAGAUGCUUCCACUGUGAAGGUGGUUAUGGAUAUGUUAUCGGAUUGGUAG